AUGUCAGGAAGAUUCCCACGGGAGGAGUACCUGUGGUACAACAAGCGGAAGGAGAUCGGAGAGGCGUAUCUAACGCGGGCUGCCGACUACAGCGCCACGAUCCUGUCGCUCGUCGCCAACUACACGCGCGGCGACCUUCACGCGACGAUAGCGACAAUGCGACACACGCUGAUCGCAGCCGACGUCCAGCCGCCCGACGUGCACAUGGCCUCCUGGUGGUUCGACAACAUGACGCAAUACAUCAACACGCUGAAGCGCUUCGAGGGGGCGCUGGGGAGGCAGAUCGUCGCGCAGCUGCACGAGCGACUGUCGACGUUGCGCGACGACAUAAUCCUCUCGGCGACGACCGUCGUCUGCACGGUCGCGAUCUGUCCCGUCAUCGCGCUCUCCGUCUACCGCAUGACGAAGUCCCUGCAGAUCUACGCCGCUAGCCUGCAGAAGCGCACCGAGGAACUGAACAAGGAGCAGAAACUCACCGAUAAACUCCUCUACCAGAUGCUGCCGAAAAGCGUCGCCGAUCAUUUGAAGCAGGGUCGGUCGGCGUCGCCGGAGCAUUACGACUGCGUGACGAUCUAUUUCUCGGAUAUCGUCGAUUUUACGCGGAUCUGUUCACGAAGCACGCCGUUUCAAGUCGUCGAUAUGCUGAACACGAUCUACAACGCGUUUGACGAUAAAGUCGACUUGUUCGAUGUUUACAAGGUGGAAACGAUCGGCGACGCGUACAUGGUAGCGUCGGGACUGCCUAUUCCCAACGGCGAUGGACAUUUUCAGGAAAUCGCCGACCUGGCGCUAGAACUCUUAGAAGCGAUAAAGCAGGUGCGAAUCGCACACCUGGAGGAGCUUCUGAAGAUUCGGAUCGGCAUACACUCAGACUACACAUCAACGUGA